AUGAUCGUUGAUGAACCGCGGCUAACUUCGCCGUGGAUCGCUGAAGAAGUUCAGCGAUCUGUAAACUAUCUAUACUCCCCCUCUCUUCUCAUAGAACGUCCCUCAACUCCUGCACAGCCUUGCGCUCAGUCCUCUUUGCUCAACUUCGCCGUACCUCGCCAUAUCCCCGAUUUGGUCUCAGUGGUUCGAGUGGAAGUCGGUGAUGGUGAAAGGAAGGUCGGUGAUGGUGAAAGGAGGAUCGGUGAUGGUGGUUGUCAGGGAUGUUACAACGUAGUUCGUGACACACCUGAACACUCAAGUCUGCCUGUUGACUCAAACCUCAUGGAAUUCAAGGGCUUGGACGCCAUCCUUAAGCUUAUCCACAGGCUAGACAACGCUAAACUGGUCAUGACGCCUGCCUUCUCAGAAAGCUUUCUGCAAGGGCAGAGUAAUGAUGGCAACCGGGUCAAACUUUACCUUCCCAAUCAAGACCAGCUCCAAGAAUCACUUGGCAACAUGCCACUGAACUUUGUACUGGUCAACGGAGAGCACAAUGCUCUAUCCUUUCCCCAGUGGCCUGCAACCCCAGACAUCACAGGAAAUAGCGAUAGACCAAGCAUUUCUGUGAACCGAGUGAACAAAGUUGGUGAUAGGGGUUUUCGAUGGCAAUUGAUGCUUGAUUAUCCCCAUAGAGCUUGUGUCACAAACUACGUCGUGACACCUCGAUUAUUCCACCAACAAUGA